GGCGCGUGCGCGUGCGCGCGGCGCGUUCUCGCGUUCUCGCGUUCUCGCGUUGCCCCUGGAAACCGUGGGGGCUGAUGGCCCCGAGGUGAGCGGAGGGAGACACAGCCUUGUUUCAAGAUGGCGAAGGACCUGGACGAGCUCUUGGACGAGGUGGAGUCCAAGUUCUGCCGACCCGACCCGCUGAGACCGCGCCUGGCGGAGCGGCCCGGAGGCGGCGGCGGCGGCGGCGGCCUCGGCCACGACCGCAGCCGAGCGGAGGCGGAAGAGAAGCUCAGAUCAACAGAAAGAUUUAAAAAAGAAGAUGAUCUUGACAGUCUUAUUAAUGAAAUAUUUGAAGAUCCCAACUUUGAUAAAAAAUCCUUUAAAUUAAAAUCUAAAUCUUCAGGUAACACGUCUGUCAGAGCUUCCAUUCAAGGCCUCGGUAAAAGUUGCAGCCCCGUGUACCUUGGUGGAAGCGCUGCUCCGUGCGGAAUUGGAACAGCUACUUCACAGAGAUCAUGUGACCAUCUGCGUUGUACAGCGUGUGAUUUCUGGGUAGUAAGCUACGACGACUAUAUGUGGGACAAAUCAUGCGAUUAUCUGUUUUUCAGGAACAACAUGCCAGAAUUCCACAAAUUAAAAACAAAGUUGGUGAAGAAGAAAGGAGCGCGGGCGUAUGCCUGCCAGUGCAGCUGGAGAACUGUGGUGGAGCUGACUGACCUGCAGACGGACCAUGAGCUGCGUUGGGUUUGUGGUAAACACUAAGAAUGCAGACUCUUGCCCUGGCCGGGUGGCUCAGUUGAUUGGAACAUCAUCCCAUAACCCAAAAGGUUGCAGAUUUGAUUCCCAGUCAGGGCACCUAGGUUGUGGGCUGGGUUCAGUCCCAGGUUGGACUGUGUACAGGAAGCAUCCAAUCAGUGUUUCUCCUCUCCUCGAUGUCUCUUUCUCUCUCUCCCCACCCACCUUCCUCUCUCUAAAAACCAAUUAAAAAAAUAUAUCCUCGGCCGAA